AUGUAGCUAGAUAGAGAAAAUAUGCUACUAGUUCAAUCUAAUAAUCAAAAGCCUAAGUUAAAUAUCCUCUAAGAUAGAUCUAAUCUUACAAUAGAUACAGGGUCAAACAUUGAAAAGCCUCUCUUGAUAAUGAACAUAGAUAUAGCCUAAGGACUUCAAGACUAAGUAGUGCUUUUUAAGAAUGACUUUGAAAGCAUCAAGAUAGCUGCUUCUGAAUUUAUUGUGAGAAAUUAACUUGAUCACAAUCAAAUAUUCCUUCCAUUGAUAUUCCAUUUACAAGAAACUUUAUCCUAAUAAUUGAGGAACGACUCAAUGAGCAUGCAGAGGGAUGAAUUCUUAGCUGAAAGAUAAACUGUUAAAUCUCCUAAGAUGUCUGAAAAACUAAAUCAGCCAGGUAUCAUCGAGGAUUUAGACAUUAUUACUGAUAUAUCAUUUGCUGAAGAAAGUUUUAGAAAAGUUGCGAAUAACCGACAGAUGAAAUAAGAUUAAUUUUAAGGUAUCAAAUCUCUUUAAAAUACCAAAUUCAAUGAUAAGGAGAAUGAUUUGAAUGAUCAUAUUCUAACACCUAAGACUGAAGAGCAAUCAUUCAAUAUUUCAAGUAAUCUAAUGUAUAGCACUUCAAAUGGUAAUCCAAUUGAAAAUAUUGUCGCUUUAUCAAUCAAUGAUGUCUAGAGCAAUGAUACCUUCACUACCAAUUAAUUAUUUAAUCAAAGCAAUGCAUUCUAAUAGCACUAGCAAACUUAAAAGAAGCUAUAAGCAACAAGAGCUGCAAAGUAAUAACCAACUGAAUAAAACAGAAAAUCUAGGCAAAGUAUCCUUAAAAGCAAAACUUAAAUUGGUUAAGGGUCCAAUAUAACUCUAAAAAGUAAGAGUAAUAAGAGAAGUUAAAGCAGGAAAGGUGCUCAUAACCUUAAUGAAAUCUAGCAAAUUAAUAAGAUAUUUGAAUAAGAAAGUAGAAAUGAAAGUAGAUCUGAAAGAUUCAAGAAAAUUCUUGAGGAUUAUAGCCUUGAGCAUGGCUGUGAAAACAUCAAACUUUAAAAAUUUAGCUUCGUACCCCAAAUAGAUAAGAAGAGUGAUGAGAUUGCAUCUAAAAUGAAUGGAAGGACAAAAAGUAGAUCAAGAUUAGAACAGCUAAAUACAUAAUCAAAUAACUCAGAAAAUAAGAUAAUGUUCAUUUCGAGAAAUGGUAGUAUCCAAAAAAGUGCCUUCUCACCAUAAAAUUAAACAGUUCAUGAUAGAUUACACCAGAUUGCAUCACUGAAAAAAGACAAACUUAUGAAGUAGCAGAAAGAUUAAAGUUAAAAGUACCAAAAGUAUAUAUAAGCUUAAAAUAGUGAUAAAAAUAGUAAACUAAAGUAUCAGGGAUUGCAGUAUUGCUAAUCAUAAAGAUCUUUAAAUAGAGAUCAAACUUCACAGGCUUUUCAAAGACUCUAUGACUUAGGGCAAAUUAAACUUAUUAAGCAGUAAGAAAGCAUUAAGAGGAGAGAAGAUGAAUAAAUUUAAUUAGAAAAAUAGACAAAUACCUUUCAUCCAGAAAUUGACAAAAAAUCUUUAUAUAUGAUGAGUUAAAGAGAUUUCGUGCCUCCAGAGGAGAGAUUACUUAACAUUGGUAAACAAUAUGAAAUUUAAAAGCAUCAGAGAUAGUAAGAAUAUGAAAACUAGUAAUACUCAGAACUUAAACUGAUGCCUUAAAUAAAUGAGGCAAUUAGAGUCAUUGCUGAUAAUAAAAGAAGUAAAAGUAGAUAAAACUCUUUACAUUAAAACAAGAUUCAAGAAGAUUUUUAAGAAGAGUUUGAUAGUAUCCAUGUGAUGAGAAUAAAUCAUGAUAUCCUAAAUAAUCAUCAUUCUAGAAAUGGUAAGCAGACAGUUGUUUGCUAGACUGCUAGAAAUGAUAAGGAUUCAAGCAAUUUUAUCAUCUUUAAAUCCCUUUACGAAGAUGCUUAACAAAGAGAGUAAUCUUUAAAGAAAAGAAGAGAGGAGAAAAUUGAUCAAAUAAGGCAAUAAUCUCAUCAAAGAUCUAGAUCAGCUACAAAGUUUGGAUAAUAAAUUGAGGAAUAAAUAAGCCAAGCUAGAAAUAAAGAAAACAGAGAAGAUUUCUAUUCUAGAUUAUAUCAAGAAAAAUUAGGAAGUCCUAGUUUUCAUGAUAAUCAAUCAUUAAAUCAAUCUGAGCAAGUAUCCUUAACAAGAAAGAGGGAGGCCUCAUAAAGGACAGAUAAACUUUACCAACUUUCAAAAGAAUAAUCUCUUAAACGAAUGUCUGAGCUUUCAUAAAAGAAUAAAAAUAUUGAUAAUAUGUAAAAGGAAGCUAAAAUUAUAUCUGAUUCAUCUUCAAGCUUGGUAAAUCAGCUAAGAGAUAGAAAAAUAAGAGAAAUAUUUGACAAAAUUGAUAGCAAUUAAGAUGGAAAGAUUAAAGGAAAUGACAUUAAUAUAUGCUAACUUAGAAAUAAAGAAGUUGAACUCCUUGCAGACCUAUUUAUGAAGAUUGAUGAGAGAAAAUUGGAAUUAAAUUUCGAACAGUUCAGAGAAAUGGCAGUUAAAAAAAUUUAGUCAAUUAAUAUUUAAGAUAGAAACGAUUUUUUCGGACCAGAAAAGAGAGAGUCAUCAUUCAAAAGAUAAGAAAUCACCUUUAAAGUAAGAAUUAAUAUUUAAUAUUAUGAUUUAGCCCUAAUUAAAUGA